AUGGCGAGUGGUAAGAAGAAAAAAGCGUCCUCGUCGUCCUCGUCGUCGUCCAAAAGUGCGACUCACAGUGCCGGAGGAAAAGGAGAAAAAAAGAGCAGCAACACCGAGGUACACGCUGCGUCCGAAACGAACUCCGGGGGUGCAAUCCAAUUGCCGAGGAAAGAGGGCGACCUCUUCAACGACGCCUUGAUCGCGUACGAGCACCGAAAGUUCAAAGACGCGUUACACGCAAUCGAGAAAAUCCUAAAAAAGUUCCCAAACCACGGGGAAACCUUAUGCAUGAAAGGAUUAAUCGUUCGACACUGCGAGUUGAAACCGAACGAGACAGAGGAAGAGAGGAAGAAAAAAGCACACGAGUUCGUCUCUCAAGGAGUGAAAAACAACAUUUUUUCACACGUCUGUUGGCACGUGUACGGAUUACUCCACAAAGCAGAUCGAAACUACAAAGAAGCGUCGAAGUGUUACUCGCAAGCGCUGAAGAUUGACCCGAACAACUUUUUAGUGGUGAGAGAUUUAGCGCAGGCGCAUUUGAUGUUGCGAGAGAUGGACGAGUACGUCGACGCGAGGCGGAAGUUGUUCGAGUUGAAAAUGGGGCAACCGGGGUCGAGCGAUCGCGCGAAUCAAAUCGUGAUUGGUUUAUUUAUGAGCGAGAAGUGGGAGGAGUGCUUGGAGAUGUUGAACGAGUUCGAGAAGUUCGAUACGAUGGACCGGACGAGGAGGAACGGGGAACUUUUGGCCAAGAAGAAAGAGAUUCCGGAACCGACGUACGAGGAUACGUUUCAAGAGAGCGAGAUUUUACUUUUCCGGGCGGUCGUUUUAGAGAAGAUGGGGAAAGUGGACGAGUGCGUCGAGUUGUUGGAGAAGAACGAGAAGAAGAUUGUGGACGACGCGGCGAGACUGACGCAGCUGUGUCGUUUGAAGAUUGCGAAAGGCGACGCGACCGCGGCGAGAGAAAUCGCCGAGAACGAUUUAGUCAAUCGCAUGCCAGAUAACGAAAAGUAUCACGAGUUGAUGCACAAAUCCAUGAAUACGAAAGUUUCUUUGAUGGAGCCUCCGAUGAAGAGAAGCGAGGAGGAUAUUGCAAAGUUGAAGACACUUUACGACGCUUUACAAAAGAAACACGCGAAAUCGAGCGUGUGCAAACGAUACCCGUUACAAAUCGUCAACGAUUCCAGCGAGUUUGAGAGUUUAUUAGCAGAAUACAUACAAAAGCCGCUGCGAAAAGGCGUGCCGAGUUUGUUCGCGGACAUUUCGUCGUUAUACGGAGGCAUUCACGACGAGGAGAAAUCCAUAGGUAAAGUCUUGAAAGCGGCGGCGGAUUCGUUGAAAAAAAGCGGCAAGUUCCCGUCGUCGUCAGAUAAUAAGGACGAUGUUUUGGAGGCGAAACCAAAAGAGACGCACAGAUACGCGUUGAACUUACUCGCCAUGCAUUACGCGAAAAUAGGUAAAAUCGACGAGGCGUUGAAAUGCAUCGACGAAGCGAUUGAAGCGAAGGAUGAAAACGACGGCGAUAACGACGGGGAACAAGAGAAAGUGCUGGAGUUUCAUUUGAACAAAUCGAGGUUUUUAAAGCGAGCGGGAGAUUUAGAAGGCGCGUACGAGGAAUCCGAAAUCGCUCGCAACAUGGAUUUAGCGGACAGAUACAUCAACUCCGUCUCCGUAAAGAGAGCUUUUCAGUGCGGUAAAUUUAGAGAGGCGGAACGACUGGGCACGUUGUUUACUCGGGACGCCGAAAAUUACAAGACGAACUUGUUUGACAUGCAAUGCAACUGGUACGCGUACGAAGCCGGUCACUCGCACGAAAAGUUUGAAAAGAACACAGGGAGAGCGCUGAAAUAUUACCGCGAAAUUCGAACGCACUGCGAACAAAUCAUCGAAGACCAAAUUGAUUUCCACCGGUACUGCGUCAACGUGAAACGAACUUUGAGAUCGUUCAUGGACACUUUGAAAAUGUGCGACGAUAUCUACGCGUCCGCGUGGUUUAAAAAAGCCGCUCGAAGGGCCAUAUUAAUCUGCGUAGACAUGCACGACGAUCCGUUGGAAGCGAAGAAAGAGCGCGUGGAAGCGAAACUGUCCAAGUUGGACCAAGAGGAGCGCAAAAAAGAACGACAAAAGACGCGCAAGGAGGAAGAGAAGAAAGAGAAAGAAGUUGAAUCGUUUGAAAAACUCUUAGCGGACGACUUGAAAAGGGCGAGAGAGACGAAAGCGAAGAGGACUGGGAAACCAGUCAGCGGCGAGAAUAGCAGCAAUACUACUACUACUAAUAAUAAUAAAGAUAGCAACAACAGUAGCGCGAUCGAGAAAGAGUAUCUCGAGGAGAAGUACGGCGCCAAAGCGUUUGCGCAAGCGAGCAAAGAUCCCAUGGAGGAAGCGUUGAGUUUUAUGAACCCGCUUUUGAUGAGUGCAAAGAAUGACGAGGACGUGAACGUGCAAUCGUUAGUGUUCUUGGUCCAUUUCAAACGCCAAAAGUGGGUGUUGGCGACCAAAGCACUGCGAAAGAUGGCAAAGUGCGCGCCGAAGAAUCCGUUGACUCACCGAUGCGUGGAUAGUUUGUCGCGAGCGAUCGAGUCGAUUGAGAACGAAAUCGAGAAACAAGUCGUACAAUCCACAAUAUCUUCGUUGAAUGUAGACAAGGUUAAUGUUCAGUGCAAAACGCUCGUGGACGCCGCGCACCUCUCCGUUAUGAAGAACAACUUCGAGAAGGCGCUUUUAGGCGCCGUGGACCCGCGGAAGACGUCUUGGAAAGAAUGUCGAGACGCGUUGGAGGUUUUCGAACGCGCUGGGAACGCAACGUUUUACGAACAGUUCCACAAAGCGUGCACGAGCGCGUUUCCGAGCAAAAGUAAUAAAAGCAAGGAACAUCCUUCCGUAAUCUCUGCUGCGUUUGCGAGAGUCGGCGUGGAGGAUUCCGUGCGUUCCGCUCCGUUUCUUUAA